CUAGUCUAGACAGUAUACUCACUAACUCAGUAGACUCUAGAUACUCUAGCCUCUAGGCCUAACAAAGUCUAAGCCUAUGGGCCAGCAACGAGCACCAGCGUAGCUGCAUGGCCCAUUACAUGCAAUUUAAAGUUCUUGUGACAUAUGAUACUGCGAUAAAAAAUGAUGUUCAGUGACAGAGAGUCAAAGGCUGCUAGAGCAAUACAGGCAGCAUGGAAGAGACAUCAAAAUAAACUUUUAUUUUCAAUGCUGAAGAAUGUAUUGUGCAGCAUGGAAAGCUGCUUGCCAUGUGAUAUUCUUGCGAAACUUAAUCCAGCCGAAUCACUAUUGCUAAAGGACAAGAUAUUUACAACAAAAGUGCGCUUCAGGUUUGGAGGAGAAGAGUUUCCACCACAAAUCUACUAUAAGCUGUUUUGUGACGCAGCUGGUACUGCAACCCAAUAUAUCACAGCAAAGAAGGUUCUUAGAUUAGACUCCAAGGGUGCAUUAGAUGCCUGCAAGAUGAUCGGAAACCGAGAAUUCUAUAGCCAGCUGUUAGUUGAUGUCUGUAAUAAUAUGGAAAGAAAGAUAACCGACGAAAUAGAUGUUGUUACCAUAAAAGACUAUAUGAAAUACCAAAGCAAUUUGGAUGAAUAUCCAGCUUAUAUGGGAGGAAGAGCAAAUAACUGGAGAAAACUUAGCUUAGAUGAUGUUCCCAGAUGGACGAUGUUUCACGACGUACUGGAGUUUGUGAACAGCAAGCGGAUGUCCCCGGAGCUGCGAGCUAGCUUCCAGGCCAUGCACGCGCAGCCUCCAUCACAGAGCCUGCAACUGCAGCAGCUGUGGCUUCUCGCAAGAUCUACGACGUCGCCAGAUGGCGUUGCACAUGUAAGGCGGUUAAUAACUCCAGGAUUAUCCGGUGCGUAUCUCCCAGGCCGACGGUCACAGCAAGCGAUGAAGCGAGCAUCGAAGCUAAGAGAUGUCUAUACCUUAAACAAUAAGAUGGCAUGCGAUGAGCUCAUCGCUGAGAAUAGCAGUGAGCGUGAUGCGGAUGACAAUGAUAACAGUGACUGGGAGGAUAAGGAUGCGGAAGAUCUAUACCAGUGGACGAAGAAUCUCUCUAUCAACAACCUCGGCUCACCUCAUUCCAUGUUUUAGUUUGCCAGUUUUCAUGUGAAAACGUUAUUUUCGAUACAAUCUGUGUGUAAAGCUGGUUUAUUUUUUUACAUGGUAGUAUAGCUAGGUUUAGACGAAUGCAGGUUAACAUUUAAAUUCAAUCUAUUUCUGACGUACAGCAUUUGUAAUAUAUUAUCCUAUGCAAACAUGAAAAAUGACAGAUUAAUGAGCAGAUACUUAUAAUGGCUUAAUAAGUUUUCUAUGUGCAUGAUGUCAUUUAGAAAUUACACAGAAACAAAUAACACAAAGAUUAUUAAAAAAACGAGUUUAUAAGGGGAUCAUUUUUAUUCAACGAGUAUAAGGUCAAAAUCUUCAUUUUGAAAAAGAAAAAAGAAAAUUCGUUUGGAACUAAAGAGUUUUGUAAAUUCAAUCUAAGAUUCUAAUCUAGAUCGACAAGUUUU